AUGCCGUGUACGAGCAGCUGCAGCCGGGUAAUAACACCGAGGAUGAUGAUGGCGGAUGAGAAAAACUGCGCCACCUCUCAGCCAACUGACAGCUCGGCGCGCACACGUGACGCGGUUGCCGUGGUUACAGCUGCAUCCAAAGUACCGACCUCCCUACAAUGCUGGAGCCAAUCAUCACCAGGAGGAGUGGCCAGUAUGCCAAUGAUCCUGAAGCGGUUAAGCGACGAUCCCCCAGAGAGAGCCCUAUCUAAAAUGGAUGAUGAAGAUAUUAGUGAGCGCAAAUUAAAAAUCGCCUCCAUCUUGGACAGAGUUAAAAGCUUCAAAACGAAGUAUGCUAAUGAGGAUAAUCUGACAGAUGAAUUGACUUUCACAAAGUCCUCUGCAGACACAACAGAGCACUCUGGUGCGUUUAGCCAUCUGCUAUCGCCAAAGACUCCAGAAGAAUGGCUGACUUCUCUUUUAAAGUUGGAAAACACAGGCCUGCCGCAAAGCGAUCAUGUACUAUUUAACAAGCUGAUUGAUAGUUACAGUCUGGCUGUUGGAUCGCUUUCUGCAGAAAAGCACAGUCGCAGUGAGAGCUAUGCUAAAAUCUUGGUUCGCUUUGCUGAGUUAAAAGCUGUUUUGGACCCAGAAGAAGCACGUGACCAGUUCCAGCUUGCAAGACUAAACUGCAAGAAGUUUGCGUUUGUGCACGCAGCUUUUGCCCAGUUUGAACAAGCAGCAGGAAACCCUAAAAAGAGCAAGCAGAUACUGCAGAGAGGAAAGGACUGUGGCGCUGUUCCAGUUGAAAUGAUUGAGUUGGCCAUGAAGAACUUGCAGUUAAAGAAACGGCCGCUAAUUUCUGAAGAAGAUAAAGAAAACUUGUCUUUGUCUUUGAGCCAAAGUGAUAGAGAAAAUGUUCCGAGCGGUGUGUUGGAGAAAUCGCAAAAAACCUGUAGCGACAGCUCAGCCGAGCUCUCUGUCAACAUGAGAUUUUCAUUUGGAGAAAAGUUUAGUUCACCUGAAGAAUGUGAUGGUAUUCCGAGGAAGCCUCUUGUCAAUGUGCCUAAGAAGACCUGUCCAUUUGGUAGAGUGCCUGUGCAGUCUGUAACAUCUCCAGAUGCUGGAACUGGUAAUAAUGAUCUGCUUUCCACAUCAAGUAUUAAAAGGCAACCACUUAGUACAGUGCGAAUGCCCAUUUUGCCUUCCUUGUCUAAAGCUAAGUCUAUGGGAGAUGAGGACCUCCAUAAUUCAGAAAAUAAGUCUUCCAGCUCUAGCCCUACUUAUCGACAGCAGUAUUCAGACGACAGUAUAGAGAUGCAGAAACCAUCAUCAGUGAUUAUCAGAAGAACAGAUAGAAAUGUUGGUGGGAAACAAGAUGAAGACAUACGUAUGGAUGACACAGACUCUACUACAGCGCCAUAUAAUGCUCCAGAAACGAAUAAGCAAGCUGAGCCACAAUUUGAUUAUGGAAUGAACUUAAAGCUGCCUGAUCCUUCAAAGCCAAGUAACACUGAAUCAGAGUGGAAAUGGAAAGUUCCUGAGCUGCCAAGUGAUAAUUUACAUGGAGAGCGUAAACGGAUGAGUGUUGAUCCAAGUGCUUAUCCUGUUUCCAGACGAGUAUCUCCACCAGGGAGAGCACCGAAGGUUGAUCCUGUCCCACUCUGUCAGACUCCUGUCGCCAAACCACAGGAGGAUUAUAUGAACUGCUUUAGAACUCCAGUGGCGAAAAAUUCUCUAGGACUGAUGUCUACACCAAGUAGCAGUUACUCUGGUUUUCAACUCCCACAGACCCCGGCGAAUUCAGUUAUGCAACCUAACUCUUUUCAGAUUGCUUCAAAUGCAGAUUGCAUUCUAGUCAAAGGACGGGUAUACAUAGUUUUGAAACAAAUUGGAACUGGUGGAUCUAGUAAGGUGUUUCAAGUGAUGGAUAACAAAAAGCAUUUGUAUGCAGUAAAAUAUGUGAACCUGGAAGAUGCUGACAAACAAACUAUUGAGAGUUAUCAGAAUGAAAUUUCUCAUUUAAACAAACUUCAGCAGCACAGCGAUAAAAUAAUCCGGCUUUAUGAUUAUGAAAUAACUGAACAACACAUCUACAUGGUGAUGGAGUGUGGAAAUAUUGAUCUUAAUACAUGGCUCAGAAAGAAGAAAACUAUUAAUCCAUGGGAGAGAAAGAGUUACUGGAAGAAUAUGUUGGAAGCAGUGUAUACAAUACACCAGCAUGGUAUUGUCCAUAGUGACUUAAAGCCAGCAAACUUCUUGAUUGUAGAUGGGAUGCUUAAGCUAAUAGACUUUGGCAUUGCCAACCAAAUACAGCCAGAUGUAACAAGUAUUGUGAAAGAUUCACAGGUGGGUACAAUUAAUUAUAUGCCACCUGAAGCCAUAAAAGAUACAACUUCUUUUGGAGAAAAUGGAAGGCCUAGAUCAAAGAUUAGUCCAAAAGGCGAUGUGUGGUCUCUGGGAUGUAUACUGUACUGUAUGACAUAUGGCAAGACUCCAUUCCAGCAUAUUACUAAUCAGUUCACGAAGCUGCAUGCAAUACUGGACCCAUGUUAUGAAAUAGAAAUGCCUGAUAUACCAGAGAAGGACCUGCAAGAUGUACUCAAAAAAUGUUUAGUGAGAAAUCCCAAGGAGCGGAUAUCCAUUGCAGCGCUUUUAGUACACCCUUAUGUACAGAUUCAGCCUCCUUCACGAACAGAAGAACAAGUACAGAAAGGUACCACUGAGGAAAUGAAACGUAUUCUUGGACAACUCAUUGGCUUGAACUCUCCAAACUCGAUUUCAAGAGCUGCUAAGAAUUUAUAUGAGCAGUACGGUGGCAAGAGUCUAGAUUUAGCCACAGUUGGAAAGCAGACUGAUCAAAACCCAUGGACAAUGAAGUGAUUUUCUGGCGUGCCCACUAAUGCGAGGCCUCCGCACUGAAGAUCUCACGGCACAUCUGACCAUGCUCAAAUGGUUCAUAGUGCGAAGUGUUUUCUAUAUCUGGUGACUCAAGCAUAAUUCCCAUGGCAAAGUUGUAAAUCUAGAAAUAUGUCUUGUGUGUGUGUAUAUAUGUUAUUUUAUUUCCAAUUGAUCACUAUACUCCCUGUAUAAACUGUAUAAAUUUAUAGUUCACAGCAUUCCUAAAGUUGAUGUUUUAUUUGAAAGGAGUGAUUUGUCCACCGUCUGAAUAUUGACUCUUCCUUUUGCCAGGGGUUAGUAGCUGUAAUCUACAGGAAUAAAAUGCCCCCUGCCAUGUUAGAGGCCGUUUGAUUGCUGAGCUCUCCGUUGCUUCUCAAAGUCCUGCCAGUAUUGCAAAACACAAACAAGCUUCUGUACAUAAGAAGGUUGCACAACUCCUCAAGAAUCAAUCACUCCACUUAGCAUUUUUAAGUUUGGUGACCAGAUAAAAUAAUACUCUUAAUACUGCUAUAUCUUUAGGCAGUAAAUAACAGUGUGUGUAUGUGUAUGUAUAUAUAUAUAUAUAUAUAUAUAUAUAUAUAUAUAUAUAUAUAUAUAUAUAUAUAUAUUUACAUGUGUUCGUUCAUUGUGAAGUCAACGCAACGUGAGUGAACCAGAUCUGUUGUUUCUCUUAAAGGCCUGAGUUUAUAUUCUGUAUAAAAACCUAAUAUUCAACUAGUAAAGGCAGCCCUGCUUUCUCUGGUGGAGGGUAUGUAUUUAUUUGCUUUGGCAUCCUGUAUUGAUCCUUGGCACCAUGUUUUAUGCUGAAUGUGUUUUCAGGACACCGUUUAGCUAAAUGUAUGCACUUCAGUCCUAAUAUACCUCUCUUUGCAAUACAUAUUUCUGCUUGUAUUAAGAAAGAGCAGGUCAUAUAUAUCUCUGCAUAGUAUGCAAUAUUAGAACCUAAACUGAGAAAGUAUUCUUUGUCAAUGUACUUGCCUUAGAAAAGAAAUAUAGUGUUUUAGAAGAGGCAACACAGUAUUUGGACCCUUCUGCCCACAAUCUGCAUUUAACUGUGUUAUUACUAGAGACAUAUCAGUCCCUUUUUGAGAGUCAUGGGCCGCCAUGCUGCAGCAAUAAGAACAAUGCAUUUUUAUUUAAAGAAACAAUUGAAUUAAACAUUACUGUGGGUAAAAGAGAGAUAAGUAGGUUUUAGGAUCCAAAUCUGUGAGCCUAGUAUGGGACAUUUCAGUACCCUACUUGUAACACUGAACUAAAAGCUAAACACAGCUUUUUCUUAUGUGUACAGCGUUUAGCGUGGUUUUUUUUCUUUUGAGUAUAAACACAUUCCACACUGCUUCUGUUGGCAUAUUGUGGCAGGACUUCUUGUUGAAUCAUUGGUUCUACGUUUUGUUUCUCCACUAUUCACAUUGUAAAUAUUGUUUUUGCUAUUACGGUGUUCAAUUUUAUUUUCAUGUUUUGUGCGUGCUGGUACUACUGCAGGGCAUCAUAGAUCCAUGUGUCCUCCUGGCACUUUAUUUAUGGGAAAUGAUGCAAAUUUAGAAAUGUGUUUAUGUAUUUACAUACCAGGUCAGCUCCUCAAAACUAGUCCAAUGUACAUACUGUAUAUUGUCUUCUAGAGUAUUAAAAUCUUUUUCAUCAAUAUUUGUGCCAUAUAAUGCCAGUUGUAGUUAGGUAAAGUGUUAAAAAAAAAAGUUUUGUGUAUUUAUCUCUGUUUCGUAUGAACAAAACACUACUGUUAAAGUUCCCGGGGGUUUGUUGGUUUUUGUGGGGGUUUUUUUUUUUUGUUUUUUUUUUAAAUGAAUAGACUCCCACAUGUGCCUACAAUUUUUUAUAUUUGCCCAGAAAUGACAUUAGAAACAAUAAAUCCUUGAGCGGUCAUCAUAUGAAAGUUACCUUGUUAUGCCUUUGCGCUUAGGAUGCAUUUGUACAUAGUUACAUUUUCCUUACCAAAGCUUCUCCAAUUGCGGCUGCCUGAAUGCAUGUUUUGCACCAGUGACCACAAUUUAACUAGGUGAAAACAACUGUUCAAGGGUAAAAAUCAGAGGUUCCCAAACUGGGUGCCGUAGCACCCUGCUGUUCCAUGGGGCACUUGCAGGUGUGCCACGGGUUUGUGAUUCAGGAGCUAAUCAUUGUUUAUGGUCAAAACCUGGUGCUCGAGGCUUCCAAAUUUAGAAGACAUGUACAAACAGAAGGGCAACCCUGUCCGUCAUUACAUAACUGAACCCAAGGAUGACUGGUAAGCCAAAAAUGUAAUGUUUGCAGAAUUUCUCAAGAAAAAACUUUUGGUCUAGGGGUGCCAUGAAAAAGAUUUCUAAUACUCUAUGGUGCUGUGAUUCAAGAAAGUUUGGGAACCACUGAUAUAAAUUAUGCCUCUGUCACAGCAGUCUCAUGUCACCUCUGUAUAUCGGGAACAUAAUUUAAAUAAAAUCAGAUAUGGAUUAUUAUUUGUCUAUUAAUCUAGAAUGCGAUUAGCCUUUAAUUUCUUGAUACAAAGUAUGUUUGGGACAACAAGUUCUUAUCUUAAAUAUGGAUUUUUUUUCUGCUGCAGAAACGGACAGCCUGGCUGGCCUAUUGAGGGGUUCCUCUAAAAUGUUCUAUAGUUUUUCACUGAGCUAUUGCUAUCGAUCAGUGAUCCCAAACUCUGUCUGCAAGGCACCCGAACAGUCCAGGUUCUAACAAUAUCCAUACUUGUAUAAAUGGACAGGUAAAUUAAUUAGUACAGGUUGAGUAUCCCAUAUCCAAAUAUUCCGAAAUACAGAAUUUUUUUGAGCGAGAGUGAGAUAGUUAAACCUUUGUUUUCUGAUGGCUCAAUGUACACAAACUUUGUUUAAUACAGUUAUUAAAAAUAUUGUAUUAAAAGAUCUUCAGACUAUGUGUAUAAGAUGUAUCUGAAACAUAAAUAAAUUGUGUGAAUGUACA